GGCAGAAAGAAUUCUGGGCUCUGCCCCGUCAAGGCCGGUGGGUUCGUCAGAGUUGGUCGCUGCACUGGCACGUUGCCUGGUUCCCGGCUCAGGCGGCGGCGGCGGCGGCGGCAACUGCGCUGCGGCUGGUGCAAAGAAUGAUGGGGGCGCUAACAAAAAAUCUUUUCGGGGUCGGCGAGAGAAGAUCCCAAAAAAUUUCAUAAAUACUCUCUCCCUCGCCCUCUUCGCCCUUCACUCCUGUUUACUCACAUCCACUCCCUCUUUACUCCCUUCUGCAUCUCUCUUCACAGAGUGCUUGCAUCUCUUUUCUUGUUCUGUUACGAUAGACGCCAUCUAGAGCGAGACCUGCGUGGAAACAGCGCAGUCCGUGGGCGCCCCUUUUCACACAGUCUCUAGACCGCUGUUCCUGACAUUCCUGAUUUCUUGCCACAAGAAGUCAGAUUAAUCAAAACUCCUUUCUACGCCUCAAAACCAUCAUCAAUCCAUCUCGAAUUCCUCCCUGCAUCAUGCCCGCUGUCGACACCAUGACUUCCACUCCAGAGACCACCGCAAAGGAGACCAAGCAGUCCGUUGCCACCCUGGAGCAACUUCUGCAAAAACUGUCCCUGUCCAAGGCACAGGAUGAGGCCAACGCUGCCGCCACGAACAUCGCCACUUUCUUGAACGGCCCCAUCGAGGAGCACGCAGUGCCUCUCAAGGCCGUCGAGACCUUCAAGAAGCAACUCGCCAACAAGAAGGAUGCCCUCGUUCGGGAGCGUGCCCUCGAUGGCAUCAAAGCCAUUGCUGAGCACUCCAGCCUUUCCCCGGGCGUUGAGCCCUACUUGGUCCAACUCCUCCCGCUGACCCUUGGUGCCGUUGGCGACAAGAUGGUUUCCGUCAAGAACGCUGCGCAGGCCGCAUCUCUUGCCAUCGUCAAAGCCAUCAACCCCAACGCCGUCAAGGCUGCUCUCCCUCACAUCCGAAACUCGAUCAUCACUGCCCAGAAAUGGCCCGAAAAGAUGACCGGUCUGGACUGCAUCGACGCCCUUGUCGAGACUGCUCCUACGCAGCUGUCUUUCCUCGUUCCCACCCUCAUUCCUAUCGUCUCCGAGUCGAUGUGGGAUACCAAGCCCGAAGUCAAGAAGAAGGCAUAUGGCACAAUGGAAAAGAUCUGCAAGUUGAUCGAGAACAAGGAUAUCGAGAGAUUUAUUCCUGAGCUCAUCAAGUGUAUCGCUAAGCCUGAGAACGUCCCCGAGACUGUUCACUUGCUUGGUGCUACCACCUUCGUCACUGACGUCCAUGAGCCGACUCUGGCUAUCAUGGUUCCUCUGCUCGAGCGUGGUCUCGCUGAGCGUGAUACUGCUAUCAAGCGAAAGUCUGCUGUCAUCGUCGACAACAUGUGUAAACUUGUCGAGGAUCCUCAGAUCGUGGCCGCUUUCUUGCCUAAGCUGAUGCCUGCUCUCACCAAGAACUACGAGAACAUGGCUGACCCUGAGGCUCGUGAGAAGACCAAGCAGGCCUUGGAGACCCUGAAACGUGUUGGUGCUGUCAAAGAGGAUGGCACUGCUCCUCAGGUUUCUACUGCCGGCGAGAUCUCCACCGUGUCCGGUAUCCUCAAGUCCAUCCUUGAGCAAAGCCACAAGGGCGCUGCUUCCAAGUCCGAGCCGGUCAUUGAGUACGUCUCUGCCAUCGCAGGACAGCUCAUCGACGAGAAGGUUACCGACGCCGCCGACUGGGUCUCCAACACCGUUGAGUACUUGAAGACCAUCGUCGGUGAGAAGGAUGCCCAGUCUGUUGCUGAGCAACUUCGCAAGCGCGCUUCCCCUGGCGCCGAGGAGGACGCCGAGGAAGAGGCGGAUGAGGAAGAAGGCGAGGAUCUUUGCAACUGCACGUUCAACUUGGCCUACGGUGCUAAGAUUCUUCUCAACCAAACUCACCUCCGCCUCAAGCGUGGCCAGCGCUACGGUCUUUUGGGCCCCAACGGUUCCGGCAAGUCCACUCUUAUGCGUGCUAUCAACAACGAGCAGGUCGAAGGCUUCCCCAAGAAGAGCGAGGUCAAGACCGUCUUCGUGGAGCACGACCUUGAUGCCGCCGACACUGAACUCUCCGUCAUCGGCUGGACCGAGAUGAAGUUGCGACAGGUCAACAUCGACACUCCUCGCUCUGAGAUCGAGGAGAAGCUUCUCGAGUUCGGCUUCCUUCGCGAACAGCUCGAGGCUCCCAUCACCUCUCUGUCUGGUGGCUGGAAGAUGAAGUUGGCUUUGGCUCGUGCCGUUUUCGAGGAGCCCGAUAUCUUGUUGCUCGAUGAGCCUACCAACCACUUGGAUGUCAAGAACGUUGCCUGGCUCGAACAGUACUUGACCAACUCUCCUUGCACAUCCAUCAUCGUUUCCCACGACUCCAAAUUCUUGAACAACGUCAUUCAGCACGUUAUUCACUAUGAGCGCUUCAAGCUUCGUCGCUACCGUGGUAACCUCACCGAGUUCGCCAAGCGAGUGCCAUCUGCUCGAUCCUACUUCGAGCUCGGUGCCUCCGAGAUGGAGUUCAAGUUCCCCGAGCCUGGUUUCCUUGAGGGUGUCAAGACCAAGGCCAAGGCCAUUGUCCGAGUCAACAAGAUGUCCUUCCAAUACCCAGGUACCGACAAGCCUCAGAUUUCCGACAUCACUUUCCAGGUCUCCCUGGGAUCUCGUAUUGCCGUCAUUGGUCCCAACGGUGCUGGCAAGUCUACGCUGGUCAACGUCCUUACCGGUGAACUGAUCCCCACGUCUGGUGAGGUCUACCAACACGAGAACAUCCGUAUUGCUUACAUCAAGCAACACGCUUUUGCCCACAUCGAUAACCACCUUGACAAGACUCCGUCGGAAUACAUCCAGUGGCGUUUCCAGACUGGUGAGGAUCGUGAGACCAUGGAUCGUGCCAACAAGAUCGUCACCGAGGAUGACGAGAAGGCCAUGGACAAGAUCUACAAGAUCGAGGGUACUCAACGUCGUGUCAUCGGCAUCCACGCCCGCAGAAAGUUCAAGAACUCGUACGAGUAUGAGUGUUCGUUCGCUCUGGGUGAGAACAUCGGUCAGAAGAACGAGAAGUGGACUCCCAUGAUGACUGCCGACAACGCCUGGAUUCCUCGAUCUGAGAUUCUUGCUUCCCAUCAAAAGAUGGUUGCCGAAGUUGAUCAGAAGGAGGCUCUGGCCAGCGGUCAGUUCCGACCUUUGAUCCGACGUGAGAUCGAGCAGCACUGCGCCAACUUUGGUCUUGAUGCCGAGCUUGUCUCUCACUCGCGCAUGCGCGGUCUCUCCGGCGGUCAGCGUGUCAAGGUUGUGUUGGCUGCUUGCACGUGGCAACGUCCUCACUUGAUCGUGUUGGACGAGCCUACCAACUAUCUGGAUCGUGAUUCCUUGGGCGCUCUCUCCAAGGCCCUCAAGGCCUUCGAGGGUGGUGUCGUCAUCAUUUCCCACAAUGCCGAGUUCACUGAGAGCUUGACCAACGAAGUGUGGUCGGUCGUCAACGGAAAGAUGACUCCAUCAGGUCACAACUGGGUCCAAGGCCAAGGUAGUGGUCCUCGUCUGACCGAGAAGGACGACGACGAAGAGAAGUUUGAUGCCAUGGGCAACAAGAUCGAAGGCAACAAGAAGGCCAAGAAGUUGACCUCGUCCGAGCUGAGAAAGAAGAAGAAGGAGAGAAUGGCUCGUCGCAAGAGAGGCGAGGAAGUCUUCUCUGAUGAGGAUGACUAGAGGUUAAGCGCCCCAAGUCAUUGCAUUCCUUUUUCUUCUUCUUUCGUCACAGCACAUGGAACGUUGGCGUUUGGUCACAGAAUGGCAAUUCUCAGUUCGGAGUUUUGAGGGCAUCAAAAUGGGUGUGUUCAUGAUUUGAAUAGUUUCAUACCACGGGUACUUUCAACGUCUUUUUCCCGGAUACCACUACCCGCUGCAGAAGCAGCACGGAUAGACUUGGGUUACGAUAGAGACGAUAGAAUGGACAAACUGCAUAGACAGUCGAGAUUUCCAAUGAACAAAUUAUGCUGCACAAGAUCGUUGUACUCUAUUACUGCUCCAUGACGGAAGAUAAUUUUCUCCCUUACAAUCAUGUUUAUUAUAUUUGUCCAAUCCUUGGGAUGGCGUUUGUCGGCCACAGUUGUUCCAGGGCUUUGAUGAUAGACUUUCUGCAGUCCACCCCGUUGGAAGCGUGAGGGAUGGGGAAUAAAUCUUCUAUUAUUAUAAAAGACUGCAGUGAAUGCUGUUUGAUAGGUAGUUGAAUAUCUGUUAUACGCUUGAACGCUUGAAAUGCUCUUGAUCUGUACGUAAAGUGCAUAGGUACGUACUAAUACUGGCGAUGGAAGCCCAGCCUAGCACCGGGUCCUGAGAAGGAGAAAGCGGUUCCACGGGGCAAAGAAGUGGGCGGCUGAUGCUCUGCUGGCUGGUUGACGAGGUGUCAACGAGCCUGCGAUGACGGACAACCAGAAGAAUUUGAUGAGCAGGGCAAAUAUUUAUGCACAGUUGAAAAGAGGAAUAUAUUUGAGGAAAAAUGGGGGGGCCCGCUUGCAUCAGCCCUGACUCCAGACGUUGUCUUCCUCAAUCAAACUGCCGUAUCUCCCUGUGACACCAUUUUGGUCGGAACCCUCAGGCUGCUGAUCUGCGUGCUUCCGAUGUGCACCAGCAUUUCUUCUGUUACCAUCAUCUUCAUCAUAAUUCUCCUCGUCGUCGCUGGUAGCAUGUUCAGGUGGCGGGGGUUUUGCAGGAAUAUCGGAGGGAUCCCAGCCCUCCUUGAUCUCUUGCCCCUCAUGGGCUUCGUCGUCAAUACUAUAGGUACGCACGAAAUGGCGGUGGUCGCUGCGGUUCCAUGCGUCGCCGCCUUCCUUUCGGGCGCGCACGCGUUCGGCUUCUUCGGCCUCGGUGUCUUCGACGAUCAGGUCGACGAGUUGACUCGAGUCGGAUUUCCCAGAGGCAGCGCCGGUUGAAUGGUCGCGUUUGAGCUUGCGUUCAAUCGCGGUCUGGGCGGCAGGGGGUUGUUGGUCGGAUGAGCUAGCAUGGGAAGAAGAGCGAGACGUGCUCCUGUGCUUGCCUUUGCGGAUGUUAUGGCGGAUCUCACUGCGGCGGCGGGUUCGGUGGUCGCGGGUGGGUUGGAAGAGGUUACGGUUUGUAGAGGUUGUGAGGAGAUUGGGGUCACGAUUCAGCCAAUCUUCUCGCCGAGCUUCAUGCGCAGUAAUGACUGGAUACUGUAAAUAAAACGGCGUUCGAGCAUUGUUGUACAGUCGCUCGUCUUCUGGGUCGAUCCCGAUCUCCC